GUAGUUUUAUUGUAGGGUUUUUUGGGAAGAAGCUGCGAUGGCGCGGCGAUCUCUUGGCGCUCAAGGCACCAGAGGCGGUGCUAUGAUCUAUCUCUAGAGCUGAAUUUCUCGUAGGAUUCUAGAUUCAUCCAGGUAGCGCGAGCGGCGAUGCAUCUCUACAAUGCGUGGCUGCCGCCGCCCGUCGUGGAGGCCAUCCACGGCGAGGAGGAGGUGAUGGGGGAGAUUGCCGAUAAGCUCCAGCGGGCAUGGAAGCCGAACGAUCCCAAGAGCAAAUUCGCGACGCUCAAGUGGAUUUCUCUCAUCAACAACUUGGUCAGGGCGAAAAUCAGGCCGGCAAAGCCUGCUCUAGACGCUGUAGCGAGGCUUGGAUUCGACGUCUUCUUCCAUUCUUCAGACAAUUUAUUUGUCCAGGUUCGAUGGGCCUCGUGCUUGUCUAAACUUCUUAGCAAGUACCACAAGGAUAUAACUUUGGAGCUCGACUGGAGGAAAUUCUACGAGAUGAUGCUAUUGAUUCACUUCAAAAGGAGGUUUUUCUUUGAAGGGAUAGCUCUACGGCAAAUUCAUCUGGAAUCACUAGUUCUUCUUAUAUCCAACUCUCGCCGCUUCUUCCGUCCGGGAUCUGCGUCAGAAAUAUGGGCAGAAUUCAGACCGUACUUGGACACUGGCAUUCACAAUUCAUCUCUGGAAGCUGUGGGUUUUCUCUCACUUUUUCUUCCAACAAAGCCUGUUGAACCGGACACCAACGUAUUUACAUGUGAUUGGUUUGGCGAAUGCUUAAGACUUUGGGAUGGAAUCACCGAUUGUCCGUACUGGGACCGUCAAUGGGCUUGUUUGCUCGGGCGCUUCAUCAAACAUAGAGCCUAUGCCUCACCGAUUGACUGGGCUCCGUUCCUCCCGAGUCUAUUUGGACACUUCUUGAACAUGUUUGAGGUUCCUGUUGCAAAAUCAGAUGCGACACCUCCGAUUGAAAGAGAAGUUCCUUACGAUUUGAGGCUUGCGUUUAAUGGCAACUGGAAGCCGGCACCAAAGAAUGUGGCUAAAGCAAUUGUUUACUUGAUUCAGCCUGAGGGUAGUGCACAAGAUCUCUUUGAGCAACUUGUGGAUCUUCUCGAACAAUACUAUCAUCCUUCCAAUGGAGGUUCAUGGACAUCAUCACUUGAACAAUUUCUGCGCCAUCUAUCUUAUUUCUUUAUUAAACGACUCUCUUACGAGCAACAGCACAAUUGUCAAAAGAACUUCCUGGGGCCCGACGAAAGAGAGGCGUUCGUCAAGACAAUUGUAAGGCUGAUAGAAAGAGGACAAUACAGCAAGAGUGGACGAUUGGCUGUAACGUCUUCUAAUGUGGCUUCAGGACUUGCCUUCGUCGCCCCUUCGGUUAUCCUGCCUUUCAUUGUGUCUCGUUUUGAAGCGGCUAUGAUCACUGUCACUGCUACGCAUCAGCUUGAGUCUGCAUUGACCACAUUGGCCCUUGCAUCUCGUGCAGUAUUACUUUCGGAGAAUAUUGAUACUGACCUUCAGAUGGAAGCAGACACAUCCAAUCGACUGGACUUUUCUUUUAACUUAUCUUUUGUGGACUGCAAAACCACGCUGGUUGAGGCAAUGUUCACCACUUUAUUGGGCAUUGAUGCUAACGAUCCCCCUAAAACACUUGCAACCGUGCAGUUCUACGCAUCCGUUGUGGCGAAUGUUGGAAGUAUUGGAGAGAUCACAGACGGUGGGUCUUCUGUUUUGUCUAUGGAUUGGUCUCAAUGGCUGGACGAGUUUUUGUCCCGCCUGUUCGUCCUUUUGCGACAUGUUGAGUCUGGCACGCACACCGGGGAUAUAAAUCUGGGUGAAGGUUCACAUAAAUCUUCCAGUACAUUUCUCAUGCAAGAACAUUCUUUAUACUCAACGUUGAUUGAGCUUCUCUUUGGAAGGCUGACAAGGCCUUUGUUUCAACAGGCUAUGAAAAAAGUUGCGAAAUUCGCAUACAGCAACAUUUUACCAGGUGCAGUCACGGAAAUGGGCUUGCUUUGCUCAGCACUUGUGUACGCAAAUCCUGUGGAAACAGUAUCACAGGUUCUUUUACCUAUCAUGAAAAACGUGUUGAACACUUUAACCGACGUUGAAGCCACGGGCUCUGCUUCAAGCAGCUCAACACAGGCGGAUACAAAAGUGAAUCUUUCUCCAGCGACGGAAACUUCCGUUUCAGCUCAGCUAACGCUGCUGUGUUUUGGCAUGAUGAAUGCCGGACCUGCUCUUCUUCAAUGCCAGGACGUUCUGAAGCGCAUUAUUGCUUCUUGCUUUAAACUUACAUCCGCUAAGGUCAAUGAGGCUGGAGAACGAUUUCUUAGUUCUGUAGUGGAAAGCUUGCUGCUCUAUUAUCCACUUCAACAAUACAGAUCUUGCUCGGGAUAUCCUGGUCACGAUGGCAUAGAGUCAUGGAUAAGCACUAAAGAACCCUCUUUAUCACUUGUAUCACCUAUGUGGCAUCUUCCUAGUGAAGAAGAAGUAGCUUUUGCUGAAGAAGUAAUCCAAUUGCACCUUCGAAAUGCAUUAUUGGAUCUUCGAAGUCUCUGUGAAAUGAACUCCGUUCCAAACAAGGAAAAGCUACGGAUACUAUUGUUGCAAAUUAAUGGGAGUCUAAAGGGUGCCAGAUCGGCCUUGCCCGAUUUUACAAAUGAAAGCUCCAAGGGUUCACUCCGCAUUGCUGGAAAAACUGGAGCAUCUGUUGGCAACUCGAAGUUAAGGGAAGAAGCUGCCGACACCUUAAUCAAGGCUUGCGAGUACUUGCUGAAAGCGAAAGCUGACGACACAGCACUGCUUAUUUUGCUAGUUCAAUCAUUAGAUCUCGUUGGAAACUACGGCUCACCAGAAUAUAACGAAUGGUCUCACGGGAAGCAUACUUGGAAGCUUGACUCUAAAAACCUGGUUGAGCCGAGAGUCAAUUUUAUCACUGGAAUUCAUUCUGCGGGAAAGCGCAGGCCAUACUGGAUGAUGACUGAGAUGGUCUAUCUUCACAAUACUUGGCGUGCAUCACAGGCUGGCUAUCGUCACUUUGAGCGCAAUGAGGUGUGUCCUUACGUGGUAAAGGUUGCAACCGAACUCUUGAAGCUCUCUCUUCACAGCUACGAUGAAGUUCGCGAUUUUGCGGGCGCGUCGCUGAAGAAGAUGCUAAAACGGUAUCCACCGCUUGUGAAGUCCUGCAUGCCAACCUUGGCCUCAAGUUUGCAAGAUGCCGAUGCCAUGGAGCACUCUGCGCUGGGUUCUUGCUCCAUUCUUGCUUCUAGACCAGUAUUGAGACAUAUUGCACAGGACUGGAAAUCCUUGGCGAUGUUCAUACAAGCUGUCCUUGGAAGUUCUCGUCACAGUUCCGUCAAAGCUCAGACAGCUAUUAGUGAGCUUGCUAUUGCUUUUAGUGUUCGUUUCGGUGGAGUUCCAUUGAGCGGGCUUGAUACGGAGGCUAAUGACGCCUUACCAAAUUAUAGCCAGCUUUUGUCACUCGUUAAGGAUUCGUCAGAUGGGGACAUUGGAGCCGUUCAUUGGCGCUACAAGCUUAUGGCUCAUGUGGGGAUGCUAUGCUUGGUGCUGCCGUUGGAUGACACCGAUCAUGCGGCAGAAAUCCUGGAAACCAGGAAGUUUUUAGCUGGAGAGUUCAUCAAUGCUCUUGGAAGUGAUUUACCAUCACUCAGGCCUUUGUCCGUUAUUGCUCUCUUGCUCUUAUUGCGUUCGGGCCACUACAAGAUAGACAGAAAUGCUACCAACUUUUCUCUGGAAGACGCUUUAACUCCAGUUUUCCAACAGCCAUCAUUUGCCUCUCGGAUGGUGAAGAACUUAUCUCUAGACCAUCACUACAGUGAAGGCCAGGGGCGCUCUCGUGGUGCUAGAGUCCAGGCCGCAGAUUUGAGCGUCAUUGGCAUGAUGCCAGCUUUUGUCCGUCAAUGGCCAACCACUCGAAACUGGGUAGUCAUCAGCAAAGGCGAAGCAUUUUCUCCAAAACUUGCCAAGCUUUUUAAACGACUGGUUCAGGAGUGCGGUUCUGGUGCUCUGGAAGCUCUUCGUGGUCCCUUGGAAGAUGCAGUAAAUGCUAGCGAAGAGAAGACUAUGCAGUGCAUGGCGGCUGAGAUACUGGCCGGGCUUCUACAUUCAGACGUCAGAGCUGUUGUGGAAGCAUGGGGAAUAUGGCUCUCGGAUCUGCUUCACAAGGCCCUCAUGCAGGCAAAUCCGGAAUCUCUUGCAGAAUGGGCUGCUUGUGUACGCUUUUCGUCCACUGGCAAAGGGAGGAAAGGUCUGAGGGCACCUCUUUUGCGUCAAGCUAUGUUUGAAGGUCUGAUGACGAGACAGUUGCCAUCCACUGCGUCAUCGAACCUUGUUUCAAAGCGCCUGCAGUAUCUACUUUCCGUAGUGAUGGAGCUGAGACCGGAAGCAGCAACGGAGCAGGAAAUUAACGUGCAACUGAACCUUCUCGUAGAGGUUAUGGAGUACAUGGCGAAUCCUUCGUCGCAGGUACGGCAAAACGUUGGAAAGAUUAUGUGCGUGCUGUGCACAAAUCUCCAAGACGCUCGCAGCUCGCCGUUGCUGAAUGAAAAAGAUGUGCCAGAUUGGAAAACAAGCUUGUUGAAUGGCACGGUAACAGCCACUGCGAAGAUACAGAAGUCAUUAGAGAAUACAGAAGCCGCAGGUGAUUUGAGCAGCAACACCGACGUCCAGGAAGCUGUAAAAUACAUGGAAACGGUUUUCCAAUUUUUGAUAGCGGCCAUGGCAUCGGGACGAGCUUCUUACCUUAUGCCUGUACUCGUUGGAGCUUUGCCAUCUGUCUUGGCUUUACAAGAAACGUCGCACAAAGACAUGUCUUUCCUUGCAAAACUCGCGGUGUUCCUGUAUAAAUGGCAGCCAUUUGGCAACGAAUACAGAACCAAAGCCGUUGGAGCUAUCGCCUCGGCUGCAAACGAUAGCAAUUGGCGCACACGCCUGUCAGCAUUAACGUUCUCUCAGUCCUUUGCAUACAGACAUGCCUUUACUCUGGAAAAAGAAGAGGUCACUCGGUUGUGGAACUGCGUGCAGAACCUUUUGUCGGAUUCACAACUAGAGGUGAGGGAAACGGCAUCGACCACCCUUUCAGGCAUGUUGAAGGGGCCCGUUAGUGAUCUUCCUGUGGCCUUCCGUGAGGGCAUUUUGAGUUCCUCUCAAAAGAAUAUGAAGUUGAAAAGCAACAGGGGCAAAGCAAGCGAUGACAAGAUUGUCAAGCACGGAAUAGUGAUGGGCUUGAGAGCAUGCGUACUAUCAGCACCAUACGACAUUCCCCGGUGGCUUCCGGAUAUAAUUUUUGCUCUGGCCAAAUUCACGCAUGAGCCAUCGCCUAUAUCAAACACUGUCAGAAAGACAAUUGCGGAGUUUCGACGGACUCACGCUGACACCUGGGCGUAUCAGAAGAACUAUUUUUCAGAAGAGCAACUAGAGGUUCUUGCCGAUUUAUCAUCCUCCACAUCUUACUUCGCAUGAAAAAAUGCUCCGACAGACGGUUGAUAACAAACACUAUGUGUACAUAAGUCUUUUGUCUUUUAACUAUCAACUUGGUGAAUUCCACCCA